ACCUGCUUGAAGCCAACGCUGACUGAAUACUCAUAACCCGUGCACCAGGGAAGGGGAGUAUCUGCGUCUCCAACUCCGGGAAAAAUCAUGCAGACUGUACUGUUCUUGUUCCCACAGCUCAACCUGUCAGCUCCCAAAGAAGAGCCAUACAGGAUCAUGAAACAGGAAAACCAGGAGGGGAAAGGCGAGAAUAAAAACAGGCUUAAAGAGAAGCGGAAUCGGUUAAGCCUCCUUCUUCAGAAGGCAGAAUCUCGGGAAAUCUUUGUACCAUGCCCCAGUAAACCUGAAAAGUCAAAUGCCCCUCCUGACGAGCCCACUAAAUGGAGUGAGUCACUGGACCAGCUCUUAGCGCAUAAAUCUGGCUUGGGUCUCUUUCGAGCUUUUCUACAGUCAGAGUACAGUGAGGAGAACAUCGAAUUCUGGAUGGCCUGUGAAGACUUCAAGAAAACCAAAUCACCUGCAAAACUAGCCUCUAAGGCAAAGAAAAUCUAUUCAGAUUUUAUCGAAACUGAUGCCCCAAAAGAAGUGAACAUUGAUUUUCAUACCAAAGAGGUGACUAAGAAGAAUGUUCUGCUACCUACUUUAUCCUGUUUUGACUUGGCACAGAGUAAAGUGCACACCCUGAUGGAGAAAGACUCUUAUCCCAGAUUCCUCAAAUCACAGUUUUACAGGGAUUUGUUAAAGCAAACACAGGUUGAGAAUAACGGGCACAGACGGCGAUCCCAGUCCUUCACAUCAGCUGGUCUCCUUCAAAAUUCAGAAUUCACCGCCUGGCUUUAAACAAACAAACUUUUUUUAAAAACAAAAACGCUAUUUGCAGUGACUUUUUGGAAACAAGCUUCCUGCAGCCUCCCUGGCUUCAUCCCUGCAGCAUUCAAAUUUACCCGGGAAUGCUUGUCACUUGAAGAACCUGGAGUCUUUUUAAUAGUUUGGAUUAUUUGAAGAAUAUUUUUAGCGAAUUAUGAUUCUAUUUAAAAGAUGCAUUGUUAAUUUAAUGAAGUUUGAAAUACUACGUUAAGUAACACAUUUGUAAAUCUUGAAACCUUACCAUGUGUAUAAGUUAUUCUUUUCUUUAGUGCUGUUAAUAUAUUUAAUAUUUGUAUUAUCCUUUUCUUCGAACCUGUGUUUGUACGCACUAUCUAGCACAGUGC